AUGGAAAGGAGCAGCGUCCACCUGAAUGGACCGCACCAGGAGCAGGAGCUGUUACACCCGGCUCUCAGCGCUCCGGCCAAAAGGCUGGACAGCACCUUCCGUCCGGCGGCGGCGGCAGCGGCGGCCGCUCUCGAACUCUCGCUGGCCGAGCCCCGCUCGCCGCUGGGCUGCUUCGAGGGGGCCGCCGGCGAGCCGGACGGAGUGGCCCAGCAGGCGGGAGCAGAAGGGAAGCAGCACCGGGAGGGCAGCGGCGGGGACCAGAGCUUGGAUGAUGACAGCGACGAGCGCUGUGAGUUAAUGCUGGUCCGGCAGGGAGCUGCGGACAGAGCGGUCUCUCUCAGCACCAGCGCCCGGGCGGAGGGUCACUCCAGCAGCAAGAAGAACAAGGAGCAGCGGGCCCUCCGGCUCAGCAUCAACGCCCGGGAGAGGAGGAGAAUGCACGACCUCAACGAUGCCCUGGACGAGCUGAGGUCCGUCAUCCCUUACGCCCACAGUCCGUCGGUCAGGAAACUCUCCAAAAUCGCCACGCUGCUGCUCGCCAAGAACUACAUCCUGAUGCAAGCCCAGGCUCUGGAUGAGAUGCGGAGGCUGGUAGCCUACCUCAACCAGGGGCAAAGCCUCCCCACUGCCCUGCCCUCAGCCGCCGCCUCCCUCACCCCCAGCCUGGGAGCCUACGACCCAACAGCGGCGGGAGGCUACCCGUUCCCCGCCGGAGGCUUGGCGGCGGCGGCGGCAGCGGCGGCGGCGGCGGCCGGAGCGAACUGUCCGGACAAGUGUACCGCCAGCAACAGCGGCUCCCUCUACAACAAUGUCACAUCCAGUCUCUGCAAACAGUGUAGCGACAAGCCUUAA